CCGGGGCUUUCCUCCUCAAAUGAUCUACCUCAGAUGAUCACCUGCGCUAGGCGUGUGCGCGCGCGUGUGAGCUGCGUGUUUUCGCAGUGCCAUGCCGACAGCCUGUUUCCUCGCUGCGCAGCAUAGAGGAGCAGAAGGAGCAGGAGGAGGAGUGGAGCUGGAGCACUCACAGCGGGCUGUUGCAGCAAGGCAGCAUCAUGGAGGCUGGAUGCGUGGUUGCCGCGGUGAUUGAGAAUGCUGCUUCAGGACCUCUGGGAGAACCAGGAAGUAGUGACGUCCUUGAGGGCAAUGGGCUGCAGUCCACUGAUCUGGACAAGGACGAUGCUUUACCUCAAGCUACAAACAGCCUUCCUCCAGAGGAGAAGCAACCACAAGAGACAUCCACUGCCAUGGUGAGGAGUGAUGAUGUCACAGAUUAUCCAGCCGAGCCCCUCCUGCGCUCCUGCGUCAGCACAGCGAGCAUGAAGGUCAAGAACAUGAAGAAGUUAACGUUCCCCAGAGGUCACUUCCCCAGACUGGCAGAGUGUGCCCAUUUCCACUACGAGACGGUAGAUUUUGGCAACGUUCAGUUGGCUUUGGCAGAGGGGCAAUAUGAAGGACCAAAGUCUGCACUGGACUCUAAAGAACUUGUUUUUCUGGUCCAGAUCACCUGCCAGGGGCGAAACUGGUUGGUGAAGCGAUCUUACGAGGACUUCCGGGUGCUGGACAAACACCUACACUUGUGCAUCUACGACCGUCGUUACUCCCAACUGACUGAGCUUCCACGAUACGACGCGUUAAAGGAGACUGUUGAGUCGGUCACCACAAUGUUGGCAAACUACCUGUCCCGCUUUUCUGUCAUCGCAGACAACAAAAUCAACUGCGGUCCAGUGUUAACAUGGAUGGAGAGCGACAACAAGGGGAACCAUCUGCUGGUGUCUGAAGAAGCUUCGAUCAAUAUCCCCGCCAUCGCCGCCGCCCACGUCACCAAACGAUACACAGCUCAGGCCUCGGACGAGCUGACCUUCGAGGUUGGAGACAUCGUGUCCGUCAUCGACAUGCCUCCUAAAGAGGACACUGGCUGGUGGAGAGGAAAACACGGCUUUCAGGUUGGCUUCUUCCCGUGCGACUGCGUUGAGCUCAUAAACGAUAAGAUUCCUCCGAGCGUUCAGAACUCCGUGCCGAAGCCAGUGUGUAAGAAGCACGGGAAGCUGGUAACAUUCCUGAGGUCUUUUAUGAAGUCUCGGCCUCCGCCACAGAAGCUGCGGCAGCGCGGCAUCCUCCGAGAGCGAGUGUUCGGCUGCGACCUUGGGGAACAUCUUCACAACUCGGGACACGAGGUCCCACAGGUGGUUAAAAGCUGCACCGAGUUCAUCGAGAAGAACGGAGUCGUGGAUGGAAUCUACAGACUGUCGGGGAUUUCUUCCAACAUUCAGAAACUGAGACAUGAGUUCGACUCCGAGCAGAUUCCAGAUCUGAGCAGAGACGUCUUCAGGCAGGAUAUCCACUCGGUGGGCUCGCUGUGCAAGCUGUACUUCAGAGAGCUGCCCAACCCUCUGCUCACCUACCAGCUCUACGAUCGAUUCUCAGAGGCCGUGUCUGCAGCCACAGAAGAGGAGAAGCUGCACAAAAUCCACAAUGUGAUUCAGCAGCUGCCCCCUCCGCAUUACAGGACUCUGGAGUUCCUCAUGAGGCACCUGUCCCACCUGGCCACCUUCAGCUCAGUCACUAACAUGCACACAAAAAACCUCGCUAUUGUCUGGGCACCGAACCUCCUCAGGUCCCGGCAGAUCGAGUCGGCCUGUUUCAGUGGCACAGCGGCGUUCAUGGAGGUGCGUAUCCAGUCGGUGGUGGUGGAAUUCAUUCUCAACAAUACCGAGUCCCUCUUCAGCCCAAAACUCAGUGCCGUUUUAAGAGAAAGCAACGGUAACAACACCUUAUCAAGACCAAAGUCCCUGAUGGUAUGUUCCCCAUCCACCAAGCUGCUAUCAUUAGAAGAGGCACAGGCUCGCACUCAGGCGCAGCUCGGAUCGCCAGCUACCACCCCCUGCCUCACCAACAGUGACUACAUUGAGGUCGGGGAGGGACCCGAAGCUCUCCUUGGCAAAUUUCACACAGUCAUCGAACUCCCGAUGGAGAGCAGCAACAAGCGGCCAGCUGUUAGGUCUAAGAAGUCUCCCGUGGGGAACUGGCUGUCCUUUUUCCACCUGGGAAAGUCCCACUCUGUGUCCAAACGUAAACUGAAGCGACACCCGAGUGAACCGAACGAGAUAAAGAGCAUAGCACUGCCAGGUGGACGAGGAGAUGGCGGCACAUUACGGUCCACCAAAAGUGAAGAAUCUCUUACAUCUUUGCAAAAUUUAGAAGGAGAACCUCCAAGUUACCGACCCCUCAGACCUCGUUCAACUAGUGAAGCGGUUUCUGGCAUCAGCAGAGACGAACACAACACAAGAACUAAAGAUGACCACAGAACUCACCCGGGGAGAGAGAGUAAUAAUGAUUUGGACAAAGUUUGUGUUUCUCCCCUUCAAUCAGAAGACGAUCUUGACCUUUUCCCGCCAGCUGCAGGCAUCUAUACAUUGGACUUUGAUCCCAUGUCCUUCCAGUGCAGCCCAGCGGCAGCAACUCCUGCCCUUCAACACAGCAAAGAUGGAACCAAUUGGAAGAGGAGCGUAGGGUGCUCCAGUGAACCAGAACCCAUCUCCUCUCCCAACAACAUCAUCUGUUCACCCUCUCCAGAUGCAAGCCCAGUUCUAUGUAAAAGUGGGAAAAAGGGUACCUCCAAGCAGCUUUCUCCAAAACUGAGGAAGAAAUCCUUUAAAAUGCUGGCAAACGUUCAAACUGCAUCUGCUCUGCCCCCUGUGUCGCCUUUCUCCCCUCAAGUGCGUGACGCUCCAGUGGCAGAUGGAAAUGAGCCAAGAGCAACAGUGUUGCAGCGCUGCAGUCCGCUCAGCACAGCGAGUCAGGCAUCAGCCGUGACGGACCGCAGUCACUCGGCACAGAACCUGCCCGAUCCAGGAACAGAUAGACUUAUGAGUUCAGUGUCUGUUCUCCCUCCUCAUCCUUCCUCGAUGAGCGCCGCACGCAAGUUGGCUUUGGUGUUGGCUGAAACUGCCCAGAAGGCCAGCAGUGCCUCCCAAAGAAGGAGCAACACCCCGCUGCACAUUUUCCAGAGACAGGAAGCACCGCACACCUACAACAGACUGCCAAGACCCUCUGCUCUGGAUCUUCAGAUGCACCCUCAGGAGUACUGUGGCCCUUCAGCACAAAGCUCUGCAGAGGCCCAUUGCUGUUCUCGUCCUGUUCACUUCUUAUCUUCGCACCUCUGCCCAGAGGUCAAUGAUGGUCAGGAAAGUGUGUGCAACUUCACUCCUAAUGUCAGCCCGCUUGGGUCAGGAAGCUUGGAUGAAGGCAGUGCAGAAGAGAGGGACCCGCAAGAGGAAAACGAUCCGAGAGACACCAACCAAGAAAAGCACACAUAUCAGAGUGUUGGAGUUUCAACUCCUUCUCAGCCUGCCAGCUUGGCUAAAAGCCCUUCAACCUCUCCCAUAUAUGCCAACACAGACUCUGUAGAUGUUUAUAAUUUCCGCUCUGUCUUAUCAGAGUCUCUGAUGCCUGCUUCUGUUGGGGAGGUUUUUCCACGUCAAUUACACACCUCUUCAGUCCAUCACUACAGGCCAGAAGAAGACAGACCACUCAGUGUGGAUGAGAAUGUCUACAAUUAUCACCAUCAUCGGCAUCAUAAUCGACCGAUUCAUGUAGGAAGAACGCCUGCACCUCAAUGCCCUCGGCCCAGCGCUCUGCCACCUCAACUCUCUGGACCUAAAGGCUUGUACAGGCAGUCUUCUGAAGGCCGAUGCAGCUCCCUAGGUUUAAGGCAAUCUUUAUCACCUCAAUGCAGACGUUUUCAUAAAAACCAGCACCUUAUUGGUGGAUUCCACAGGCAACAAGGGGAGUGGCAGAGGUCUGAGGACAGUGUGGUUGGGCAUUCGGCAAUCCGAAGGGCUCGCUCUUUCCAUGCUCCUCAGAUAAGUCGCUAUGAGUUGGCCAACACACAAGUCCUUCCAACUGAAGCCAUGUUUUAUGUUGAACCAAGGACAAGCCAGGAGGAGCCCUAUCGAAGGCUGAUUCAGACUAACCUCAAUUCUGUACGUCCGCAGUUUGAAAACACUCAUGCCAAGUACCAGUACAGACCCUAUUCUGAUAUAAAGCCAGUUGAUGGCUCUCGUUAUUUCAUAGAUCCUCGCCUGCAAAGUGGUAUCCAUCACCAUCAAUCCUACUCUGUGCAUUCCACAAGGGAAAGUGGACAGUCAGAUUACUACAACUAUUCUCCUCAUCGUGUCCCUCCUGGGAACAGAGAGCUUUACAUAGAGAGUAGAGGCACGGUUGUUUAUGAGGCCACAGAUGCAGAGGUCUUUGAAAGAGUAAUUUAUCAACCAAUCAAACAAGAGAGUCAAUCCAGACUUAAAAACCCAUACCCUUCUUUGUCUCCUUGUGAGAGUCCGGUCUCACCAAGUGACACUAGAAGCAGAGACAUAAUACACAUAAGGAGCAAGUCAGACCCUGGGAACGCCAACCUCCUCUCCACUGACAGGACAGAGGGUCAAACUGCCAUAGUUACAUCAAAAACCUCCCCAAGGGCCCGACAAGUAGAAACUGAAGUAACCAGGCAGCGAUGUGGUCACGUCUCUGGUGCAGAGCUGAGACGUAUCCCAAUCAAAGAGGGCUCCUCUCAGCAGCUUCGCAAAGUUCCCUCACUUCCAGAGAGAGGCUGCACCAAGACCUUUGAGCACAAUAACAGCUACCGUCCACGAGGUCACGACCAAGAUCGAGCAAUGGUGACCAAUGCUGCCAACAGCUACUCUGGUGUCUGGAAACCCAGUGCCCUCAGGAGACCGGGCCGAUCACAGAGCACCAGAGAACAUCGCCACUACUAUAAUCACGCCAAAUCUCCUCUGGAUCCCGAACAUCUAGAAUCGUUUUCGUCACGGCUCACCAGACGGACUCAAAGCACUAAAGUCAAGCCCACACAAUAUGACCACAUGGAAGGGUAUUACGUUGCACCCAGACCUAAAUCCACAAGAUCCAGUAAAGCUGUGUCUGGAUAUUUACCUGGGCAGAGCUGCAUGUCUCCCCAUGGACAGAGACUGCUGUCCCAGGUUCUGGGCCGCGAGGCGUUUUAUCAAACUGGAAUGAGAUCAGAGGCAGGGGUCUUUGAAUGAGUCCAACCACCACCUUUUAUCUGAUUCCAUGUCGGGGCCAAAGGAGCGCUGCACUUUAUUCUCAGCUGCACCAACAAGACUGUUGUGUGGACGGUGUUUUUGUUCUAACAUUCAGGAGUUGCUACAAAAAAGUGUUAAGCCAGGCUGCUGCUGGGGAGCGAACGGUUGAAAUUCCUUUUCCAUUUUUGUUUUGUUUUGUGGCUUCAAGGGAACAAAUUAAUGCUGAUAGUCUUGAAUUUAAAGAUGUGGAAGAAACUAUAAGAAGCAUGCCUACACAAAGAGCGCUGCCAUGUUUUAUUUAAUGUUAGAGUACGUGACAAGGGAC